CCCAGCCCGCAGCCAGCAGCCAGCAGCUGCUUCCUGCGCUGCGCCCACAGGGUCGGGGCGAGGAGGAGCAGCGGGAUUAGACCGCCGCGACGACGGCGACGCGCUCCACGCCGACCGCCGCUCCCCCGCCGCGGGGCCGCCAGCCCUCAACCCCCGGGGCCCGAUCCAUGGACGCCGGGGCCCAGCAGCUCACCCCACCGGAGGCCGACUGGCCGCCCGAGCUCCGACUCCCGCCGCCACCGCAGGCGCCGGGGAUGGACGAUUCGCAGUUCCUGAGCUCGAUCAUCGGGGUGCCGCCGCGCCAGGACCCGCCCGCGCCCAAGAGGAGGGGGAGACCGCCCAAGAACAAGGAAGGCCCUACCACGGCGUUGGUCGCCGCGGCGCCCAAGCCCGCCAAGAGGAAGGACGACGACGAGGAGGUCGUCUGCUUCAUCUGCUUCGACGGGGGCAACCUCGUCGUCUGCGAUCGGAGGGGAUGCCCUAAGGUCUACCAUCCGGCGUGCAUCAAGCGCGACGAGGCCUUCUUCCAGUCCCGGAGCAAGUGGAACUGCGGUUGGCACAUAUGCAGCAGCUGUGAAAAGGCAGUGCACUAUAUGUGCUACACUUGUACGUACUCCCUCUGCAAAGUUUGCAUCAAGCAAGGCAAAUUCUUCAGUGUCAGGGGGACCAAGGGCUUCUGCGACACUUGUUUCGGGACUAUACUUUUGAUAGAAUCCAAAGAUGAAAGUGCCACAAAGGUUGAUUUUGAUGACAUACUCAGUUGGGAGUACCUGUUUAAGCUAUAUUGGCUAGAUCUGAAAGGGAAGCUUUCAUUAACAUUGGAAGAACUUACUAAUGCGAAGAACAGAUGGAAUGUUCCUAUCACUCCUGCUAGGAAAGAAAAAGAUGAGUCAUCUGAUGACUUAUAUGACGUUAAUAAUGACGAUGAUGCUGGUUCUGACUGCUCCUCAAGAAAACGAAGGCGAGGUAAUUCUGCAAGGAAAAAGGUUCGAAAACGUCGCAAGGUAGAUUCAGACUGUAACAUUGCUGCCAAAAAGGUUGAGCUUCCAGUUAAAGAUGCUGGGGGCCUACCCACUGAAGUACUAAAUGAACGGACGCCCUUGCCUGUAGACACAAAAGUACCAAUUGAACAGGUGCCCUUGCCAGUAGACACUAAAGAACAAAACGAAUGGGUGCCGUUGCCAGUAGACAUGGAAGUACAAAAUGAAUGGGUGCCCUUGCCAGUUGACACAAAAUGGGCGUCACCAGAACUGCUGGAGUUUGUAGGACACAUGAGAGGUGGUGAUCAAUCUUUUAUUUCUCAAUUCGAUGUUCAGACCCUUCUGCUGGAAUAUAUUAAGAAGAAUAACCUUCGUGAUCCUAAGAGGAAAAGCCAAAUUGUUUGUGACACAAGGCUUCACCGCUUGUUCAGGAAAUCACGUGUUGCUCACUUUGAGAUGUUAAAGCUUUUGGAAAUGCAUUUUCUUAUGAAUGAGACUCCAAAAGUAAGUGAUAAUAGCCAAGUACCCAUCAAUCCAAAUUUGGCUCAAGUAGAUAACAAUGGAUACAGUGACAUGGCAGUAAAAUUGUCUCCUGAUAAGAGGAGAAGGAUGCAUAGAAAGAUGGACAGAGAACCACAAGUUAAUCUUGAGGCAUAUGCAGCUAUUGAUAUGCAUAAUAUAAAUUUGAUUUACAUAAGGCGCAGCCUGAUGGAGGAUUUAAUUGACGAUGCCACAUUCUCAGACAAAAUUUAUGGUGCAUUUGUGAGGAUAAAAAUUUCUGGUGUUGGCCAGAAACAAGAUAUAUAUCGCCUAGUAAAAGUUGUUGGAACGCACAAGGUUCCAGAAAAGUACAGCAUUGGGAAGAAGAUGACAAAUUUUGCCCUUGAGAUAUUAAAUUUAGACAAAAAGGAGAUUAUCACGAUGGAUACAAUAUCGAACCAGGAUUUUACAGAGGAGGAGUGCAAACGCUUAAGGCAGAGCAUGAAGUGUGGUCUAAUUAGCAGACUAAAAGUGGGGUAUAUCCAAGAGAAAGCCAAAAUCUUGCAAUCUGUAAGAGUGAAUGAUUGGUUUGAAAAUGAAAAGGAAAGGCUGGGGCAUCUUCGUGAUCGUGCAAGUGAAACAGGGCGCAGAAAAGAACUCAGAGAAUAUGUAGAAAAGCUGCAGCUUCUCAACAAUUCUGAGGAAAGAACUCGCAGGAUAAAUGAAGUUCUGGAAGUGCAUGUUGACUCCCAUAUGGAUCCUAAUUAUGAAUCUGCUGAAGAAAUGGAUGACAAAAAAGCUGUUGCAAGAUCAAUAAAUCGGACAGGACCAGACACGUCCAUAUCACGAAGAAAAUCAAAAUAUACAAACACUAUGCAAAACCAUCCACAAAAAGUUUCUGAUUCUAGCCGCCAUCCAAAAAACUUGUCCUGGGAAGGUACAAUACAUGGAUCUGGAGCUGGAAGAAAGUUCGAGAACACCACCAUAGCAAACAGAGCUGUGUAUGAAGCUGGAUCACUUUCAUUGUCUGGAGUAACAAUGUCAGGUGACACGGAGCCAGAGAAAGUCUGGCAUUACAAGGAUCCUGCUGGGAAUGUUCAAGGCCCAUUCACUCUUUUGCAACUAUCAAAGUGGAUAAGUUACUUCCCACGUGAUCUGAGAGUUUGGCUUACAUUUGAGAGUGAAGAGAGGUCAUUGCUGUUGACUGAAGUGCUUUCAAAACAGCAGAAAGAUUUCACUCAGGCUUCAUCGCUUACAAGUAGCAAGGCAACAUUGGCUGGCACUAGACAUACAAUGAACAGCCCAAGUGUGGAUCAGACGAAUGCUCUAUCCCCUGUUGGUUAUAGUAUGGCUGGUUCUUCUGGAAUAACCGUUCAGUCUAAUAAGUAUUAUGCUCCAGAAAGAGAGAGUGUGUACUCUCCGGAUGAUAGCUUGUCAUUGUCAACUAGUUCGGUUCCACCCAAGGAUGUUCAUACUGUGAAUAGCCAAGCACAGUGCCAGGCAAAGCAUUCAGUUCUUAUUCCAUCUCCUGGGAAUUCAUAUGGGCAAACAGACUUGCACCAUGGUGGAGUGCAGGGAGGAUACUCUGGUGAAUCGAACCACCGUCACAGCAGCGGAGCCCUAUGUCCAGUCACGGCCCACAUGAGUUGUUGUGGACGUGGUAAUGUGGAAUCGCAUCAGAAUCAACAUGUUUUGUGGUCACAAUGUCAACAUGAUUCCAAAGGUAGUUCACAAUGUGGAUCUGUUAAAGAUCUGAAUUCAAGGCGGGAUCUAUCGAAAAAUCUACCUACUCAACGUGUCGGGAAAGAUGUCUCCAGUCCUCUGUUUGCUUGGAGUCCUUCCGAGUCCAGGACCGCUUCAAGUCAACAUGAAGGCUCUUGCUUAAGUUCAACAACCAAUCCAAACUUUCUCGAUGAACUUCAUUCUUCUAUUGCUUUUGCAAAGCCAAUGAGCUGUGCUCCAGCAACUCCUAUUGAAGAUAGAGGUUCUAGUUCGCCAUCCGGCAUGCUGAGUCACUCAGAAAGAGUUCCAAUCUGCAGUCCGGAUUCAGGCCCUUUGGCAUCUGCUUCCGAUAUUUGCAAGAUGGAGGAGAUCAUGAAUCAGCAAAGAACACUCGAAGCGGACACAUCAAAUGCUUCAGUUAACCAGUCUCCUCAAUCAAAGAUUUUCCAUGUAUCCUCUCCUGAUAACCAAGAUAUUGACUGUGAGGUUCCUAGUCCAACUCCAAGAUCUGAGAAUAAGGAGCUUGCAGUUGCCAAGUCAGGAUUAACACCAGCAUCACCUGAAAAUGUCACUACUACUAACUCACCUGAUUCGGAUACACACACGGUGAAGAUUGUGAGUCAACAAAAAUUACCUGAGGUGGUCGCAUCAAAUUCUUCGGGUAACCAUUCUCAAUCUAAGGUUUCUCCGGAAUCUUCUAAUAGCAAAGAUCUGGAAUGUGAAUGUCCCAGUUCAUCCCCAAGGUCCGAGAAUAAGGUUCCUGAUGCAGACAACUCACUUUUAACAUCAGCGGCUCCUGAAAAUCUACCGGAAACUUCUGCGCCUGCUUCUGGUACAUGCAAAAUGGAGUUUGUGAAUCAGAAAAAAACACUUGAUGCGGAUGCUUCGAAUGCUCCACUUCAUCAGCCUCCUCAUUCUCACAUUUCCCCUGCAUCUCCUCAUGGCAAUCAUGAUAUUGGGUGUGAAUGUCCUCCAAGAUCUGACAGUAAGGAACCCCUUCUGGACAACUUAGUGAUAACAUCAAUGGCCACUGAAAAUGUAACGACAGCUUCUGCAUCUGCUUCUGAUACAUGCAAAAUGGAGGAGUGUGUGAAUCAGCAAAAAAUACAUGAAACAGAUGCAUCAAAUGGUCCACUUCAUCAGCUUCCUCAUUCUAACAUUUCCCCUGCAUCUCCUCCUGAUAAUCAAGAAAUUGGGCAUGAAUGUCCUCCAAGAUCUGACAGUAAGGAACCCCUUCUGGACAACUUAGUGAUAACAUCAAUGGCCACUGAAAAUGUGACGACAGCUUCUGCAUCUUCUUCUGAUACAUGCAAAAUGGAGGAGCGUGUGAAUCAGCAAAAAAUACAUGAAACAGAUGCAUCAAAUGGUCCACUUCAUCAGCUUCCUCAUUCUAACAUUUCCCCUGCAUCUCCUCCUGAUAAUCAAGAAAUUGGGCGUGAAUGUCCUCCAAGAUCUGACAGUAAGGAACCUCUUCUGGACAACUUAGUGAUAACAUCAAUGGCCACUAAAAAUGUGACGACAGCUUCUGCAUCUUCUUCUGAUACAUGCAAAAUGGAGGAGUGUGUGAAUCAGCAAAAAACACUUGAAACGGAUGCAUCAAAUGGCCCACUUAAUCAGCCUCCUCAUUCUCCAACAUCUGACAGUAAGGACCCUAUUGUGAACAAUUCAGUGUUAACAUCAGUAGGGCCAGAAAAUCUACCGUCAACUUCUGUGCCCGCUUCUGGUACAUGCAAGGUGGAGGAGAUUUCAAAUAAGGAAAGAACACAUGAGUCGGAUGCAUCAAAUGCUUCACUUAAUCAGCCUUCUUGCACUGACGCUUUAUGUCCUGAUAACCAAGAUAUGGAGUGUGAAUAUCCUAAACCAACUCCAAGGUCUGAGAGUGAGCAUCCUCUCAUGGAUAACUCAGGGUUAACAUCAAUAGUGCCUGAAAAUUUAACCUCUACCUCUGCAUCUGCUUCCGAUAUAUGCAAGAUGGAGGAGAUCUUGAACGAGAAAAGAUCACUUGAAGCAAAUCCAACAAAUGGUUCGGUUACUCAGACUCCUCAAUCCAAGGUUUUCCUUGUGUCUUCUCCUGUUGUCCUAGAUAUUGAACGUGAAUUUCCUACUGCAAGUCCUAGACCUGAGACUAAGGAACCUGUUGUGGUUAGCUCUGUGUUAACAUCAGCAACGCCUGAAAAUUUGACUAAGCAACAUAUGGACUUACCAGAUGCUUUUGUAUCACCCAAGUCUGGUCAACCAACUGGGGGUCCUAGACCUGAGAUUAAGGAGACUGUUGUGUUCAGCUCUGUGUUAACAUCAGCUGCACCUGAAAAUUUAAUUAAGCAGCAUGUGGACUCACCAGAUGCUUUUGUAUCACCCAAGUCUGAUCCAAUAACUGGGGAAUUAGAUGCCAUGAAGUCAGAUUUUAAAUGUGAACAAAAUAUUCAGAAAGAACUAUACUGUGAAAGUGAAUCUAUUGUUCUUACAAGAGGGAACAUGUUAAUUGAUCCUUCCUGUGGUGCUGAGUCAAUUGAUGUGUCAGAUGUCUUGGAAUCUUUAAUGGAAGAACAAAGGUGUGGGACUUCGUACAUGCAAGGAACAACUGAUUUGGAGGACUUCCUAGCCACCUCUGCCGAGGAAGAACCACAAUGCUCUAGCCCUAUUGCAUUAUCUCCUUGGGGUGAACCUAGUUAUUACCAAGGUGAUGCUAUUGAUUCUGCACUAUGGGGUGUCCAAGAUGAUCCAAUCAACGAUAUGUGGUCAUUGCUUUCUCCAAGACCUAUGCUCCAAUCUUCAUCUGGUAUUGGAACUGAGGGGAAGGAAACUUAUGAUAUCAACGAGGUAGGUGUGGCCCAUGGUAAUAAUGAAAUUGUUCAAAGAGGAUCAGUGCCAGUUGACGACAUUGUGAACCAGGUGAACUUGGGUGCUCCCACACAUUGGGUCCUGCCUGAGCAGGUUCCGUCAAUACCACAUGAUAUGUCAAUAUCAUCAGUAGAUGAGAGUACAGGAGUUGUAGGUUGGCAGCCAUCAGCCAAUCAGAGCUUAAAUGAGGGUACUACAUGGAGCACUAGCCAGAAUCUCAACAUUUCUAGCAAAGAAAAUGCAGAGCCCUCAAGUAAAAGGACUUGGGAAGCAACAAAGAAGCAGGAAUCCACCAAUUCCAGUGUUUCUGGUUCAGGAGAAGCCACUGGAAACACCAGAAAGGGCUUGAACCCACCUUCUGGUAUUGCAAAUCGGGGCAGCCAGCGGAAUCAUCACCGUGGCAGGUACUCUCAAAUCAGCGAGUCUUGGCUUCUUAGUUCAAAUCACUCUAGGAGUAGGUCUGAUAGAUUUGGUAGCAGUGGGUCAUCAAGAUCAACUUCGAAAGGGCAACCUAAGGGUUAAUGUAAAUUUGAUGAGAGCAGGAGGAAGGGUGCAUCUUGUAGCUACCUGCAUCCUUGAUCUCUGCAGCAGAAAUAGGUUUUAAAUUCUUUGUCAUAUGUUUCCCCUUUGUAUAGGCUAAUUACAAUGUAGUCAACAGAGCGUAAAUGACCAUAUCUGCUCCACUCAACUGUAGCAAGGAGUAUAUGUUUAGCAUAGAGGUAUGACCGAAUGUGCUUCCCAACAAGUAGAUUCAGCUUUUGGGCAUGGUCUGUAUCAUCUUGACACUCUGUUCGAUGGAACAGCCAUUGUACCACCACAAUCUCUUGACGCAUUGGUACGCCUGAUGUACUGGAAACAGUGAUGUCUGAUUGAUUGGUUUAGCUUCUGAUAUAUCUGGUGUUACUGGAUGA